CGCUGAGGAGAGCGAACGGCCCUGGGAUAAGCGCGUUCACAAAGAGAGAGAGACAGGCUCGAGCCAGGGACAGAGAGAGACUGCUGUUCUGUUCAACACUAGACUACUGCGCUGCGCGCUUCACUGUUAAUAAUCUUCUCAUCCCCCCAUCAUCACCACCAGCAUCACGACCCCUAUACUGGAUGUGCUAAAACCAAAGAGCGUUUUGCUGUAUAUGGGACUUUGUUUUGGAUUAUUGGGAUAUUGUUUGGAUCUACAUAACAUAAAUAAAGUUGCGGGAAGUUCUGUAAGGCCUGAAACUGGACUAGAACAUACAGCACAGUGCCACAGGGCGUUGCUACGGAUCUGAAGCCAAGAUGGUCGCCGUCUGUUUUAAUCCUUGCAGUCGCCUCAAAGGAAAAUCCUCGGAUGGGCCUCUGUAUCACUGACAGAACACACUGAGGAUCAGCAUUGUCGAUAGGUAGGAAGACGGAUAUUUACUCCUCUUCUUGGAUUGGAAGACUGGGAUUCGACUGGAGGAUUUUCACCCUUUAAAUAGCCUCUGGUCUAUAGCACAAUCAAAAGGAUAUGGCAUCAUCUUCUUAAAUAAGACAUUGCACGCGUGGGACACAGUACAUUAAAUAUAUCAGUCUUUGAAACAAAAAAACACACCUGAUGCUAUUGACAAUCUAAGGAUCUCUUCCUCUAACAACUAACCCCAACUGGCACAGUCUACCCGCCGCAUUUUUUCUGCAAUGAAAUCCUUUAGUCUCUCCCAGCGUGUUCUCCUGCUGCUCAGUACUCUGCUGGGCCUGUGCCAGGGUCUGGAGUUCACAGGCUCCGAGGGUCAGUGGGCUCGGUACGUCCGCUGGGACGCCAGCACCAGAAGUGAGCUCACCUUCCAGUUCAAAACAGCCGCGUCCGACGCCCUAAUCCUCUACUUUGACGAUGGCGGCUACUGCGACUUCCUGCUCCUCACGGUAACGGACGGGAAGCUCCAGCUCUGCUUCAGUGUCGACUGCGCCGAGACCACGGUCACCUCUGACAAAUCGGUCAACGACAGCCGCUGGCAUUUCGCUACAGUCAGCCGACACAACCUCAGAACGGUCCUAGCCCUGGACGGGCAGACCAAGGCGGACGAGGUUCGACCACAGCGCCAGUUCAUGAAGAUCGUCAGCGACCUCUUCCUCGGAGGUGUACCCGGAGACAUCAGGACCUCGGCCAUCACCCUGCCGACGAUUAGAGAGCUGCCACCGUUCAAAGGAGUUAUCACAGACCUGAAUUACGGGAACAAGGUUCCCACGCUGAUCAACAGUCAGAAGGUGCGUCUGGAGAUGAUGGGUCUCUGUACAGAGAACCCGUGUGAGAACGGAGGCCACUGCUCCAUGGCUGAUGGAGAACCCUACUGUGACUGCUCCAAAACUGGAUAUACGGGACGGACCUGCGGUGAAGCAGCCGUUCAGAGGAAACCAGGCUUAGCACAUCUGAAGGCAUCUGAGUCAGGUAGAAACAAAGCGAGAGAAGAGAACGUGGCAACGUUCCGUGGUUCGGAGUACUUCUGCUACGACCUGUCCCAGAACCCCAUCCAGUCCUCCAGCGAUGAGAUCACGCUCUCCUUCAAGACGUGGCAGAGGAACGGUCUCUUACUCCACACGGGGAAGUCGGCUGACUACGUCAACCUGGCCCUAAAAGACGGAGCGGUGAGCCUGGUCAUCAACCUGGGCUCGGGGGCCUUCGAGGCCAUCGUGGAGCCCGUCAACGGGAAGUUCAAUGACAACGGCUGGCACGACAUCAAGGUCACACGCAACCUCAGACAGCAAUCAGGCAUUGGACACGCUAUGGUGACUAUCUCCGUGGAUGGGAUCCUCACCACAACAGGGUAUACCCAGGAAGACUACACCAUGCUGGGGUCUGAUGACUUCUUCUACGUGGGUGGGAGUCCUAGUACGGCUGAUCUACCUGGUUCUCCCGUCAGCAACAACUUCAUGGGCUGCCUGAAAGAGGUGGUCUACAAGAAUAACGACAUCCGUCUGGAGCUCUCCCGUCUGGCCCGCAUCGUAGACCCCAAGAUGAAGCUCCAGGGUGACGUGGUGUUUAAGUGUGAGAACGUACCCACCCUGGACCCUAUCAACUUCGAGAGCCCUGACUCCUACCUCAGCCUCCCCAAGUGGAACACCAAGAGAAUGGGUUCUAUCUCCUUCGACUUCCGGACCUCAGAGCCCAACGGACUCAUCCUGUUCACCCACGGCAAGGCCCAGGACCGGCGGGACGCAGCAGGGAAGAAGAACAACAAAGUAGACUUCUUUGCUGUAGAGCUGCUGGAUGGAGGGCUGUAUCUGCUGCUGGACAUGGGCUCAGGCACUAUCAAGGUCAAAGCCACCCAGAACAAGGUCAAUGAUGGAGCCUGGCACCACGUGGACAUACAGAGGGAUGGACGUUCAGGUAUCAUCUCAGUGGACAAUCGUCGUACUCCGUUCACGGCCAGCGGAGAGAACGAGAUCUUAGACCUGGAGGGAGACCUCUACCUGGGUGGUCUCCCUGAUAACCGCGUAGGCCUGGUGUUACCGACCGAACUGUGGACGGCCAUGUUGAACUACGGCUACGUGGGCUGCAUCCGGGACCUCUUCAUAGACGGACGCUCCAAAAACAUUCGGGCCAUCUCCGAGUCUCAGAACACCACAGGCAUCAGGCCCACCUGCAGUAAAGUCACGGGGAAACAGUGUGAUAGCAAUCCCUGUAAGAAUAACGGAGUCUGUAAGGAAGGGUGGAACCGGUUUAUCUGUGACUGCACCGGGACUGGGUUCUGGGCCGGCACGUGUGAGAGAGAGGCGUCCAUCCUGAGCUACGAUGGCAGCAUGUAUAUGAAAGUGGUGAUGCCAAGCGUGAUGCACACUGAGGCAGAGGACGUUUCCCUCCGCUUCAAGUCCCAGCGUGCUUUCGGGCUCCUAAUGGCCGCUACCUCUCGGGACUCCGCUGACACACUCCGUCUCGAGCUGGACAGCGGCCGCGUCAAACUAACGGUCAACCUAGACUGUGUCAGGAUAAACUGUACCACCAGCAAGGGACCAGAGACUCUAUAUGCUGGACAAAAGCUCAAUGAUAAUGACUGGCACUCUGUCAGAGUGGUCCGACGCGGUAAAAACUUCAAACUGACAGUCGACGAAGACAUGGCUGAAGGCCAGAUGGCAGGUGACCACACUCGUCUGGAGUUCCACAAUGUGGAGACAGGGAUUCUGACAGAGAGACGUUUCGUCUCCUCCUCCCCCUCCUCCUUCAUUGGACACCUGCAGGGCCUGAAGUUCAACGGCAUGUUCUACAUUGACAUGUGUAAGAACGGAGACAUCGACUUCUGCGAGCUCAACGCCCGCUUCGGCAUGCGCUCCAUCAUCGCCGACCCGGUGACCUUCAAAUCCAAGGGCAGCUACCUGGGGCUGGCCACUUUGCAGGCCUACACCACCAUGCACCUGUUCUUCCAGUUUAAAACCACCUCCCCGGACGGCUUCAUACUGUUCAACAGCGGAGACGGAAACGACUUUAUCGCUGUUGAGCUGGUCAAAGGGUUUGUCCACUAUGUGUUCGACCUGGGGAACGGUCCCAGUCUGUUGAAGGGGAACAGUGACAGUGCCCUGAAUGACAACCAGUGGCACAACGUAGUUAUCACCAGGGACGCCACCAACACACACACCCUCAAGGUGGACGCCAAGUCCGUCACACAGAACGUCAACGGAGCCAAGAACCUCGACCUCAAAGGGGAUCUGUUUGUGGCAGGGCUGGGGCCUAACAUGUACCAGAACCUUCCUAAACUGGUGGUCUCUAGGGAAGGUUUCCAGGGUUGUCUGGCGUCUGUAGAUCUGAAUGGCCGCCUGCCUGACCUCAUCAACGACGCCUUGUUCCGCUCUGGACAGAUCGAACGCGGAUGUGAAGUUGGUUUCACCAAAGCCGACCUGCAAGGACCCAGCACUACCUGUCAGGAAGACUCCUGUGCCAACAUGGGCGUGUGUAUUCAACAGUGGGAGAACUUCACCUGCGACUGCACCAUGACGUCUUACACAGGGACACAGUGCAACGACCGUGAGUACCGUUGACUUUGUACUGUACAUAUGCAGACAGACACACAGAUAAACACAGUGCACAUACACAGGCAGACGGACACCUUCAACUUUACCACGACCUGUUACACUGAGGGACGCUGUGCCACAGCCGUCAGCACCAGGGUCAAGGGUUUUCUGCAUCAUGCUGGUUGUUACCUUAGUCUUGCGCUGUAUAUUCUACUUUCUCUGUGACAGCACCAGUGAACGGAAUGGUGUGUCUGUGAUAUUCAAAAUAUGCCCGGAAGACCUUCAGUACAAAAGCGGUUGAAUUGGUUUGAAAUGGCUCUCUGUGUCACACCUUCUUGUUGUUUGGUCACACAGCUUUAGUAACUUGGUUUUAUGAGUCAGUGAGUGACUGAUGUUAUGUAAAACUGCUGGUUCUGCCCAAGCAGCCAUUUUGAUAAACACCCCUAAAGAGGUUUCUCAGAUGUGUGUAUGGCUCUUAUCCCCGUGACGAUGGGGACUCUCGUCUUCAGUUUGCGGUGGCAGGCGCGCACAGUGGCGUGCACAGUCUUUCACGGGACAGUGUAACGUAAGGGUGGCUCUGCUCUGCUUUGCCCGUAGCACAACUAACGAGCUGAAUCAUGUCGAAAAGGAGCUGUGAUCACACUGGCCUUUCAUACCGGCUAAUGCUGCUGGUGGGUCCACGGCUCUCGUUCUCUACCUGGCUCUCUUUCUUUCCCUCGCUGUCUCUCACUCUCUUUAGGUCCUCACCUCUCUGCCUUUACCUUGCUCUCUUGUUCUUUUGCUAUCUCUUAUCUCUCUCUCACUCUCUCUCUCUCUCUCUCUCGUUCUCUCGCCUGUGUUUCUUGUCCUGUCUUUGACACAGAGUCGUGGUUUGAGGCGAUGAGUGCUACUCUGACCCAGUCAUUAGCCCAUGGCCAUGCCUCAGCAGACGUUCCAGUGGUUUCAUAUCUAAUCCUGUUGACACUUCAACGUCAAGGAGCCAAGGGCACGACAUCACCAUUAUUUCCAUCCUAAAUAGUUCCCUAUGCAGUGUACUGCUUCUGGCUAAAUCCCUCUGGCGUUGUCUUUGUGGAAUUGUUUUGUAUUUUGCUUUAAUUGGACCCCAGGUAGCGUAGUUGUAGCCAGCUAAUAGGGAUUCUAAUACCAGUAAACAAAACAACAACAACUUAAUUGUUACUUGUUACCUAUUAAAACAGGGGCCCUUUGGGUGCUGUUAAAUGUAGUGGUUUAAUGUUCUGGCCAGGUACCAGAUUAGUGUUCCAUCUGUGUUUUAUAAUCCAACCUUUUAGUUAUUCUUCUCUACUGUACAGCUUACAAUUCAUCCCCCCUCCUCUCCCCUUUAGCUAUUCCCCAGGUCGUUGCAGUAAAUGAGAACGUGUUCUCAGUCAACUUACCUGGUAAAAUAAAAAUAAUGAAGUAGAGGUUCCUCUUCCCCGGGGUUAAUAAACUGUUCAUAGAGCCACCACUAGAUGGCAGUAAUGUACCGAGCAUCUCCGUACGCAACUAGCCUACACCAGGCUGGCUAGCUGAGAGAAGAAAUUAGAUGCAAUCCCCUGAGCAUGAAAUCAGCUUUCCUCAUCUCUCUCUCUCUCUCUCUCGCUAUCCCUCUCCCUUGCUAUCCCUCUCCAAACACACACACAAACACACACCCCUCAUGAUGUACCUGCUGCAGAAAGUGGAUUGCUAUGACGCUUUCUCCAACUAACACAAUGCAACAGUGAUAUCUCAAAUCAUGUUGUUUGAUAGUGAAACUGAAGGGGGCCCAGUGUGGUUCCAUAGCUGUGCUGUAAGGCUGUGCUGCAAGGCUGUGCUGCGCUGUGUGUCAGGCAUGAAUCGAGCGCAGCCUCACGUGAGUGUGGUUCUAAUUAGCACAGUGCAGAGUAGUGGAGAGUGGAGCUUCUUUCUCUCUCUGGCUCUGUUUGUCUCUGUCAUUUUCUCUCUCUGUCUGUGUCUGUAUGUCUCGCUCUGGUGUAUUUCUGUGUGCCUGUCCGUCUCUGUCUAUAUUUGUCUGUCGCUGUCUCUGUCUGUCUCUACACACAUCCUGUUUGACUUUGAAUAAUAAGUGCAUUCUCAGGGAUGUCCGUCUCUGUCUAUAUUUGUCUGUUGCUGUCUCUCAAUUCAAUUUAAAUUUUCAAUUUAAAUUUAAGGGGCUUUAUUGGCAUGGAAACAUAUGUUUACAUUGCCGAAGCAAGUGAAAUAGAUAAUAAACAAAAGUGAAAUAAACAAUAAAAAAUGAACAGUAAACAUUACACUCACAAAAGUUCCAAAAUAAAAGACAUUUAAAAUGUCAUAUUAUGUCUAUAUACAGUGUUGUAAUGAUGUGCAAAUAGUUAAAGUACAAAUAGGGAAAUAAAUUAAAUAAAUAUGGGUUGUAUUUACAAUGGUGUUUCUUCUUCACUGGUUGCCCUUUUCUUGCGGCAACAGGUCACAAAUCUUGCUGCUCUGAUGGCACACAGUGGUAUUUAACCAAAUAGAUAUGGGAGUUAAUCAAAAUAAGAUUUGUUUUUGAAUACUUUGUGGGUCUGUGUAAUCUGAGGGAAGUAUGUGUCUCUAUGGUCAAACAUUGGGCAGGAGGUCAGGAAGUACAACUCAGUUUCCACCUCAUUUUGUGGACAGCGUGCACAUAGGCUAUCUUAUCUUGAGAGACAGAUCUGCUUUCAGCGGCCUUUCUCAAUAGCAAGGCUAUGCUCACUGAGUCUGUACAUAGUCAAAGCUUUCCUUAAGUUUGGGUCACUCACAGUGGUCAGGCAUUCUGCCACUGUGUACUCUCUGUUUAGGGCCAAAUAGCAUUCUAGUUUGCUCAAUUGUUUUGUAAAUUCUUUCCAACGUGUCAAGUAAUUAUAUUUUUGUUUUCUCAUAUUUUGGUUGGGUGUAAUUGUGUUGCUGUCCUGGGGCUCUGUUUGUGUUUGUGAACAGAGCCCCAGGACCAGCUUGCUUAGGGGGCUCUUCUCCAGGUUAAUUUCUCUGUAUGUGAUGGCUUUGUUAUGGAAGGUUUGGGAAUCGCUUUCUUUUAGGUGGUUGUAGAAUGUAACAGCUCUUUUCUGGAUUUUGAUAAUUAGCGGGUAUCGGCAUAAUUCUGCUCUGCAUGCAUUAUUUGAUGUUUUACGUUGUUCACGGAGGACAUUUUUGUAGGAUUUUUGCAGAAUUCUCCCUCUCUCUCUUUCUAUUUCUCUUCUUCUCCCUCUCUCUCUCAAGGCUUUGGGGGUGACAUAGAGACCUGGCAAGCAUGGCACUGUGGGUGACGAUGGCAUCAAAUACCAACCUUCUAACUCUCAAGUUAUGCCAGGUUCUGAGUCAGAAGGCUUAGAAAAAAGUCAUCAUGAGUCAAAGUUAGUGUUGCCUUUGUUCAUUUCAUCUGAAUGCAGUCAGUAGAGCGUUUUUCUCUACUCGUGGUAAGAUUAAAGUGAAAAUUCAGCCAGGCAGUAACCUGCAUUUCUGCUGUGGUACGGUUGGCGGUUUGUCUUGUUUUACUGCAGACUCUAAGCCUUUACAGCAAAUCCCUAUAUUGUAUCCAACAGGGUACUGCAGACAGUGAGGCAGGCAGACAGUGAGGCAGGCAGGCAGACAGUGAGGCAGGCAGGCAGACAGUGAGGCAGGCAGACAGUGAGGCAGGCAGACAGUGAGGCAGGCAGGCAGACAGUGAGGCAGGCAGGCAGACAGU